AUGAUUGAAGAAGACGAAGAAAAAGAUUUUAGUAAAUCUUCGGAACAAUUGCCAUUAAAAAAACAAACAGAAAUUUCUGUAACCCAACAACAACAAAUUGAUGAUGAUAAAGAUUUUAGAGGAAUAGAUUCUAAUACAAUUGAAAGUCCAUCUCCGCAAGAUAAACAAAGUCCUCAUCUUCAACAUUACUCAGAUGAUAAUGAUUUUCGACGUUCUUCUAUUCAACAAUCACAUUUUAAUCGCCAAACAUCACCUUCACUUGGAUUCUCAGAAGAGAGACAAUUUGAAGGAAAUAAAAGACGUCAUCGCUCACAAAGUCCACCAGUUAAUAUUUCUGCCAGAUCACAAUUCCCGCAUGAAUCAGAAGAUUUUGAUACUCCUUAUGGAAAUGCUGCAAAACGUUAUCGUCCAUUUUAUGGAAGUGGGGGGCCGCCUGGUGGAGAUGGAUUUCAACAAAAAGAUGAAAACUUUGAUAAUUUCCCUCCAUACGAUGAAAAUGGUCCUUGGUCUUCUCGGCCACACAGAGGUGGUGAGGAAGGGGAUUACCCUCCCCAAUUUUAUUCUGGAGGAGAUAGAGGUGGAAGAGGAGGACGAACACAAGGAUGGGGUUAUAGAGGUGGACGUCCAUUCUUUCCCCGCUUAAUUUGCAAAUUCUUCCGUGAGGGGUUUUGUCGUGAUGGUGAUCAAUGUACUUUUAGUCAUUUAACUGGUGAUUCUCAUCGUCGACCAGAAUUAUGUAGAUAUUACCAACAAGGAUAUUGCAAAAAGGGACUUUUUUGUCAAUUAAUGCAUGGUGAAUGGCCUUGUAAAGCUUUUCAUAAAGGAGAAUGUUCUAAAGAACAAUGUUCUUUCUCUCACGAACCUUUGGACGAUGUUAGCAGACCAAUUAUGGACAAAAUACUCGAAGAAGAAAAACUUGGAUUAACACGUCCACCACAACAACAGCAUCCACGUUUUGAUGUUCCACAACAACAAACUCCACAUAUGGGUAGAGGUAUUCGUCCAUUUUUUCGUCCACGCUUCCAAGGGCCCUAUCAUGAUCAAAUUGGUAGUCAGAAUUUCCCUCAAUCGCAAGGCCCACAGGCACCUCAGCGUCAAUUCCAUCGUAAUCCACAUCAACAAAUUGGGUUGGGUGCUCCACAGCCGCCUCAACAACAACAACAGCCAUUCUUUAAGAAGCAACAACAUCCAAUGAAUGAAAGUUCUAUUCCUGGACAUCCACUUUCACCUGAAAAUUUACAUCAAGGAUCUUCUGAAAUAAAGUAA